ACGAUGGUCUAAAAGCACCUGAAAAAUCCCCACUUGUGGGACAUGAAUAUUAAUUAAAACAAGCCGUCAAUCAGCUUAGUCAUCACAGUUUGCUGUCUCUGAUUGGCCAAGACAAUUACGGGCGGUCCUUAGAAAUGUUGUCUUUCCGCGAGGGAACUUUAAUUUUCCGCCAGAUCGUCCCUUUUCAUAUGCGCUUUUGACUCCCUCCCUCAUUGUUGUCUUAUUAGCGCCUUUUAAGAAUAGCAGGCAGGCAGGGAGAAUAGCCCGCGCUUUCGCCAUUCUCUCAAUUUCCGCUGUCGAAACAACAUCGUAUUUUUUUCGUGUCCAUUCCGCUGUGCUUGUGAUAAAAAUGCCUAAAGCGAAGUCCGGAAAGAAGAACCAGUCGGCGCCCGCCGGGCUCAACAACGUCAGCAUUCCCGGCCCGAGCUGCCCCUUGGUCCCGCGAACGAGGGGACCACAGGCGUCCCGGGACCCGCGGAACGACGGACGGUUCUGGCGUCCGGCGAGUACCGCUGUCAAGCUGUACUUCACGCCGGUGUACAGGCAAUGGCUGGACAGUCUCCCAGACUCCUACAAGCCGGAGUACGGGAUGGAGAGGCUAGACGCUAAGAUCGAGGAGUCCGUGGGCAACAGUCUGCUUGUGGCCGGGCCGCUUGUGGACUUCUACCUGUCCAAAAUUGGCGGGGAGGUCGCGACCCGGUUACGGCGGAACAACGGCACGGGCAUCGCUACCUUCGAGCGGGACGUGCCGCCAACCGUCUUCUCCCCCCUCAUGCUGCUGAUCAAGCGCUACGGUGGGAAAGUGGACAUGGCCGGCUCAAGCACGUCCCGGAGCGGCAUGUACGGGACUGUUGAGAUCAACGUGGACAGCUUCGAGGUGCUGCGGAGCAUCUUCAGCGGGGCCCGCAGUGACGGAAGAACGUUCCUGGUCAAAAUGCACUUUGACCGGGAACGUACACCUGAGGACCGAGUCAUCAGCCACUACAGGGGGAAAAGUGUGGUGGUGGCGACCACAGCCCGACCAUUCCGGCUCCACUACAGCAGCAGCAGAGGGAGGCUAACAGUGACGUUCUUCAGACAGAAGUACGACCGCAAUGGCCUCGCAGAGGACACUAUGCUGCGGGCAGCACAGGACAUGCCUCCUACGGAGUGACAGACAGCAAAACAUAGGAUUGGCAGAUAAACAAUUGAUGAUAUCCAACGAAAUGUUAUCGUCAAUCCUGUAUUACAGUGUGUAAAGGAGACAAUUAGUGACAACGAAUCCUGACUUGUACACGAUAGAUGCCUCUCUGCAUUAAAUUCACCAACAUUAUAUCUCUCUUCGAAAAAGGAUUCGAACCCAACAACCCAGGAUCUAGAGUUAGCUUUUACUAGUUUUAGACUAGAGCAGAUGCUUGUUAUAUUGUUUUUCCAUUGUUUAAAUCUUUCAUGUUACCUGCAAUUAGCCCACGGGCAAGAAUUUUGCAAUAAACUUUAUUGUUAUAUUGAAA